UAAAGAGAGAGAGAGGGGUGGAGGAAAUCAUCAAAAGAGAAGCUUAGGAAAGAGAAAGUCAUUCUCCUUUUUCUAUCUCUCCGUUGCUACUACUGGUGGAUUUGCUAGCGUGCGCAGGGGUUGAUCGGUGCACCAGACAAAAAAAAAAGUGCGAACGAAAGAAAGGGAGAAAAAGGGAAGAGAAAGCGGACACUGCGCAUUUUAGCAACCCCAUCUUCCUCGGAGAAGCUCGAUUUUGUAGAUUUGAGAGGUUUUCUUUGUCUAGUGAAAUUUGUCAAUGGCUGCUCCACCUGCAAGAGCUAGAGCUGAUUAUGAUUACCUCAUAAAGCUUCUAUUGAUUGGCGAUAGCGGUGUGGGUAAGAGUUGCCUUCUUUUACGGUUCUCAGAUGGUUCCUUCACAACAAGUUUUAUCACCACCAUUGGUAUUGAUUUUAAGAUAAGAACCAUUGAGCUUGAUGGUAAACGGAUUAAGCUCCAAAUUUGGGAUACAGCUGGACAGGAGCGGUUCCGGACAAUCACAACUGCUUACUAUCGUGGAGCCAUGGGCAUCUUGCUGGUCUAUGAUGUCACUGAUGAAUCAUCCUUCAACAAUAUUAGGAAUUGGAUUCGCAACAUUGAACAGCAUGCAUCAGAUAAUGUUAACAAGAUACUGGUGGGGAACAAGGCAGACAUGGAUGAAAGCAAGAGGGCUGUGCCUACCUCCAAGGGACAAGCACUUGCUGAUGAGUAUGGAAUCAAAUUUUUUGAAACUAGUGCAAAGACAAAUCUAAAUGUGGAGCAAGUUUUCUUUUCAAUAGCAAGGGACAUAAAGCAAAGGCUUGCCGACACUGACUCAAGGGCUGAGCCCUCAACGAUCAAGAUUAAUCAACCUGACCUGGCAGCUGGGGCUGGUCAAUCUGCACAAAGAUCAGCUUGCUGUGGUUCAACCUAAUGAGAUCAAAUUAAAUUCAACCUGAAGGAAGCACAUAUUGGAUGUGAAACUUUCAUCAAAAAAGGGGGAGAAAAGAAAGGAAAAAUGAAGAAACUAAUUGUGGUGACUGGAUGAUGGGUGCUUGUUUGUGUUUUUCUUCUUGUCAUUCUUUUUAAUCUUGUUUUAGCGUGUGAAAUGUAGUCUUUUCAUAAUUGGAUAAUUUUUCUUUAUGGCAAAAAACAGUUGUAUCAUGUGGAGAACAUACUCCUGUUGGAAGACAAACAUCUGACUGCUUGCAACACAAGUUCAUUUAUUGAUGUAGGAAAAGAAAAGGAAGUGGUUUCUCUUUUUGUUUUAC